AUGACAAAUAAAGUGCUGAAAGCUUUGAAGGGACGCCGCUCAAUUUAUGCGUUGGGUAAGAAAUUGCCUCUGAAAGAAGAAAAGGUGACCGAGUUAAUAAAGGCGGUGGUAAAGGAAUCCCCAUCACCAUUCAACUCCCAGUCUUCACGGGUUCUUCUUCUUUAUGGGGAACACCACAAGAAAUUGUGGGAAAUUGUGAAGAAUACACUAAAGCCCAUGAUUCCCGCAGAGGCCUUCGCUGCCACAGAACAGAAAGUAAACAAGUCUUUUCUUCCCGGUGCUGGUACAGUGCUGUUUUACGAGGACGAAAAGGUGGUGAAGGAACUG